CCGAUUCCAGAGUGGGUACUGGAGGCAGUGGUGUGUUUGUCGUCACUAGUUACCACAGCCAUAAAGUCAUUAUUAUGGCCAAAACGAGCCUAUUUCUACAAGUUAUAUCCUUAAAUCUGUUUUUAAACCUAACCACACUGCUGACAUGAUUAACCUUUAAAUUAAGACCAAAAAGGGAAUUUUUAAUAAAAAAAAACGAUAUAUAGCCAAUUUUUGACUUUGUGGUUGUGGUAACUAGUGACAACUGGUGCGUGUUCUGCUCGCUUCUGUCCAUUAUAUGGUGGAUGAUGGCCGCUUCAAAGCCUGUCGAGUCGCAGUCCGGGAGCGGUUUCCCCCGCUGGCAGCUGGCCCUCCUGGUCGGAACCCCCAUAGUGCUGGGUGUAGGAGCCGUUUACCUGUGGAAACGAAACAAGACGAAGGACACACCGGGGAAAAGCAAUGGGGAACGGACAACUCCAGAAGGUAGCGCCAACCCCGUCCAGGGCCAAGGAGCCCGUUGCGAGCAGGAGGACAUGAGUCCUCUGGACCGGGCCCAGGGUGCUAAGAACAAGGGCAACAAGUACUUCAAGGCUGGGAAGUAUGAGCAGGCCAUCCAGUGUUACACAGAGGCCAUCGGUCUGUGUCCUAGAGACAACCAGACAGACCUGUCCACCUUCUACCAGAACAGAGCUGCUGCCUACGAACAGCAGAUGAAGUGGACAGAGGUGGUGCAGGACUGUACCCAGGCUGUAGUGAUUAAUCCACGCUACAUCAAGGCCCUGUUCAGGAGGGCCAAGGCCCUGGAGAGACUGGACAACAAGAAGGAGUGCCUGGAAGAUGUGACGGCGGUGUGUAUCCUGGAGGCCUUCCAGAACCAGCAGAGUAUGCUGCUAGCAGACAAAGUCCUCAAACUGCUGGGGAAGGAGAAGGCCAAAGACCAAUACAAGAACCGUGACCCCCUGAUGCCUUCUCCUCAGUUCAUCAAGUCCUACUUCGGCUCCUUCACUGAUGACAUUAUCUCCCAACCGCUCCAGAAGGGUGAGAAGAAGGACGAGGACAAGGACAACGAGGGCGAGGUCGCAGAGGUCACAGAAAGUUCUGGUUAUCUGAAGGCCAAGCAGUACAUGGAGGAGGAGAACUAUGAUAAGAUCAUCAGUGAGUGCACUAAGGAGGUGGAGUCUGGGGGCAAGUACACUGCUGAGGCCCUGUUGCUACGGGCAACCUUCUACCUCCUGAUUGGCAACGCCACCGGCGCCCAGCCCGACCUGGACCGGGUCAUCAACAUGGAGGACGCCAACGUCAAGCUGAGGGCCAAUGCUCUGAUCAAGCGUGGCAGUAUGUACAUGCAGCAGCAGCAGCCUAUGAUGUCAACACAGGACUUCAACAUGGCCGCUGAGAUCGACACGCGCAACGCAGACGUCUACCACCACCGGGGACAGUUGAAGAUCCUUCUGGACCAGGUAGAGGAGGCCGUCCGAGAUUUUGAUGAGUGCAUCCUGCUCAGACCUGACUCUGCUCUGGCACAGGCUCAGAAAGGCUUCGCCCUGUACAGGCAGGCAUACACUGGCAACAGUCAGUCCCAGGUGCAGACGGCCAUGGACGGCUUUGAGGACAUCAUCAGGAGGUUCCCUAAGUGUGCUGAAGGAUACGCUCUGUAUGCACAGGCAUUGACUGACCAGCAGCAGUUUGGCAAGGCAGAUCAGAUGUACAAUAAGUGUAUUGACCUGGAGCCAGACAACGCUACAACAUACGUCCACAAGGGGUUGUUGCAGCUCCAGUGGAAGCAGGACUUGGACCUGGGCCUGGACCUCAUCAGCAAGGCCAUUGAGAUCGACAACAAAUGUGACUUUGCCUAUGAAACCAUGGGCACUAUUGAGGUUCAGAGGGGAAACCUGGAAAAAGCGAUAGACAUGUUCAACAAGGCCAUCAACCUGGCCAAGUCAGAGAUGGAGAUGGCCCACCUCUACUCACUGUGUGAUGCAGCCUAUGCCCAGACUGAGGUAGCCAGGAAGUACGGACUGAAGCCACCCACGCUGUAACUCUUCUGUCACACGACCCACCCUACCCAAGUCUCUCCACUGCUGAGCCUGAUCAUAUUAUAACUGCAGAUGUUUGAGUCAUUUAGUUUUGUACAAGACCUGAGAACUACCGGUGGUUAAAGAUGAAAGAAACAUAUGUGACUAGGGUUGCAAAAUUACGGUAACUUUCCCAAAAUUCCCAGUUUUUUCUGAAAUCCAGGAAUUACGGGGAAAUUAGCAGGAAAUCCAUGAACAUGCCAACCAGGAUUUCUGGAAAACCAGGGAGGGAAGGUUAGGAAAGUAACUGGAAUUUUGCAAUCCUGUCUGACCAUACAUUAUUAUCAUGUUUAUGUCACGUUGAAUUGGAAUUCAAACCAGGGCUAGAACCCAAAUCCGCUGGUAAAUAGGGUGGUCUUAACCCUCACAUCCCUCUCCUUCAGGGCACUUGACCCACACACCCCCAUCUCCUGAUAUUUAGUUUAAGCCGGACCGUGACCACUAUUGGCCCUCCUGUACCAUUCAGAAUGUCUUGUUUUCUCUAUCAGGAACAUGUGAAUGGCCAGGUAUCCAUCCAGAAAUAAUUAAAUCUUCUAAAAUCAAAGGGAGAUUCACUCAAUAGAUUUCUCCAUUCUAUUGCCGACUUAUCCAUAUUUGGACAUAUUUUAAGAUAAAUGUAUUAUGUUGCCUCCACACAGACCUGUAUAGAGUUCUAAUGGACUGUUCAUUUGCUACUAUAUAUGUUUCUAUUCUUCUUGUUCUCUAACAAAUAUUUCUGUCCAGACAGCUCCAUAUCCUCGAGAUAACGUAACAUUAUCAUUGAAUGGCAAAUUUAAAUGCAGGAUUAAAAUGUUAGUCAAAUGUGUGUGUGUGUGUGUGUGUAAUGAUGGAUGUCUGUGUUUGGUGUAAUGCUGCAGCUGAUAUGACAAUGUGUGGGAUAAGAGAGUCCAGGUGACGUUGGGGUCCUAAAGUGUUGUUUAUUUCGGGGGAUUGCCUGUUUUUCCUUUUUAUAUAUUCUGUACAGCAUGUGAGAUUUCUCUUUCUAAGUACAUGUUAAUGCAAUGCAAUGCUCGUGCUGAAAUACUGUUUCUGAAACUAUCUGGCCAUUUUGGAAAGGCUAGACUGAAUAAGAAUGAACAUUUAGACCUAAAAUUACAGCUUUAAUUCAGCAAUUCUCAAAAUGUACCGCUUCUAUUUUUAUGUGGUUGUUUUCCCAACUGCUUGUAGAUUCCGAAAAUGUCAGAAGGGACAAUUAUUUUAAUAUUUUUUUCAGGCUCAGUCAACUUUUACUUUGCAGGGGGCAGGUAUGCCAUCAUACAGUGCCUACAGAGAGUAUUCACACCCAGUGGUGUGUAUUCAUGGAUGCCAAGGGAAGCCAGGCUUCCCCAAAAAAUUGACCAAUAAAAAAAACAAAAUCAUUCA